GGGGGGGGGGUGGGGGGGUAUGUGGCUCUGGAGGUGUCUGUCUGUGGGACUGGAGCUGACUGUUCAGGUUGUUCUGUAUAAAUAUCUCCUCGUUGUUGUGGACACCGCCUCUGCAGUCGGUCCUCACUAUGAGCAGUGACGGUCAGUACGAAGACUCUGUGUCCAGUCUGAUGUUGGAGAACCUCAGACACCGACUGCUGAGGGCUUUCCGGGGCCCCUCCGCUCCCACCGAGAAGCGGGAGCGCUGGAGCCUCAGCACUAACCCGCGCGCUGACGAGGAGCUCCGCAGAGCCAAGAUUGACGGCGCCAUCUCCUGGCUCCGCUCCGAGCUGCUGGAGAUGAGGUCCCAGGAUCGACAGCUUGCCAAGACGUUGUUGGACUUAAACACAGAGAUACAAAAGCUGAGGAGUGAGCACCAAUUGUCCAGGAAUGCAGACAACGCAGCUCAGCAAGCAGUGGCAGAUCCUGAACUUCAAACCACUCUGCAGAACAAAGAGCAUUCGGAGUACGUCUGAGAGAGAGAGAGAGAAAGUGAAAGUGCUGGAGAAAAGGGAAUAAUAUAGUGCCUCUACCAUUUGCCCAUUAACUUUUUUUAAAAAAUAUAUAUAUAAAUAAAAAAAAUUGUGCGCUGUAGGAUAUUUUCACAUUUACCAGUGAAGUGAAAUGAACAAUGCACUUGUCCAUUUCUGUAUCCCUCCCCCAACCUCCACUUGUGUUGCAAAAAAUCGAGUUGUUUCUGUCAAAGAGGGAGAAGAAGAGUCAGAAUGGAUCUGAUGGGGUUACUUUGUUAAUGCAUUUUCCCUUGUUCUAAGAAUAACAAACAUUCUUUGUAAGUGGCGGAAGGAUAAGACAUGUUAUUAUUGAAUUGAUAAAACUGGGAAAAAUCAUCACCCUUUCCUGCAUCUAAAGGCAGGGGAAAAGGGUUGACAUCAAUAUUAGGGGUUGAUAUGAAACUGACAUGAAACCAAUCACCAACCCCUUGCCAUUGUGGUUCUUCCUUGUGGGGAGAAGAGAAGUGGGCUGUAGUUAUGGAACAGAGAAAAUUAUACAGGAUCAGUUUUAAGUAAAGACAAUAUUUGUUUAACCCUUCAAGACCCAGCUGAGUCACUUUUAGCAUUCCAAAUUGGGGGACUAAUUUAAGCACUCUGAGAUGCCGUGAAGGGCACUCUAUAAAUUCAAGUUGUUGCUGAAUCCUGGGAUUUGUUUAUCUCAGAUUUACACAAUUGUGUAUGUGUAGGACAGAGCUACGACUCUCAGUGCCCCAGUGUACAAGCAGCAGUGCCACCCUCUGCCCAUUGUAUAAUCCAAGUCACUCACUAUCUUUCAAUAAUCCAGGAUAAUCUCUAAUGAUCAGUAUUUCGAUUUUGCAGGAUCUAUAACCCGUAAUUAGUUUUUAAAAGCAUAAUCAGAGCAGAGAACAUUGCUUUUAAUCUUUUGCUCUCCUGAUAAGAAUUUGAAUCCUACCCAGUAGUCAUCUGAGUGACUUUGUUUGGGGGAUCUGGCACAGUGUGCAUCAGCCAAAUUGCAUUUACACUAGCAUGUAAAUACUCUCCCAGAAAUAUUCUCUUUUUCUUAAAAAAAAGUUACAUAUGAAACUGCUGGAUUUAUUUCUGUUCUAACACUGUUCUGCAUUUACCCAUCUUGCAGAUUGUUAACAUUGUAGUCAAGUUGUUGAAUGAAAAUGAAAUCAGUUUCUUGUGCGUUACAAAAGUUUAUGAAUAAAACUAAGGCAUUUCAUCCUUU